AUGCCUUUUGGUUUGAAGAACGUCGGUGCAACUUACCAACGAGCCAUGAAUGCUAUAUUUCAUGAGCUGAUUGGUGACAUGGUGGAACUAUACAUUGACGACAUUAUCGUCAAGUCGAAGGUGACAAGUCACCACCUUUCUCAUUUAUGUAGAGCCUUCCUGUGUAUGAGAGCUCACAAGUUAAAAUUGAAUCCUCUAAAAUGUGCUUUUGAUGUGAGUGCAUGUAACUUUUUAGGAUUCUUAGCGAGUCAACGUGGCAUUGAGGUCGACCAGAACAAGACCAAGGCCAUGAUUGAGGUCAUGCCACCAUGCAAUAAAAAGGAGUUACAGCGGUUCCUAAGCCAAGUCAAUUACAUUCGAAGGUUCAUCUCAAAUUGUGCAGACCGGACCCAAGUUUUCUCUUUGCUGCUCAAGUUGAAGAAGGAAGAUGAGUUUUUGUGGCGGGAGGAGCACCAAAAAUCCUUUGAAGAUAUCAAAAGGUAUUUGGUGAACCCGCUAGUUCUCAACUCCCCAAUUCGGAAUCGUCCUUUGAAAUUAUAUCUUUCGGCCACAGACACAUGUGUAGCAUGUCUGUUGCCUCAUUCAUGCCAUCUUCAUUCAUGCCUGGUAAUGCAAAGGUUUUACUUUUCAUCUUCUAAUGAAAUGACGCAGUACACCUUAACUUCCCAGGAUACCGCAAUCACUUCCUUCUCUCAUGAUAAGGUUCUUGCAGCUGCUGCAGAUGCUGCAUUUAAGGUCUCCUUCAAUCAGAAGAAAAAGCAGGAUACUACUAAACCAGGAAUCCUUGGCUGUCUUGCCAAAAGCUUCAAAGGCUGUAAACCUGACCAAAACCUGGAUGCUUCUCAGAUGUGUCAUACCGGCAAUUUCUCCCAUCUUGAGGGUUUGUUUGCCAAACCGCCCGCAUUUCCAGACUCGACAUCUCGCGAACCACCACAGCCAGAAUCUGACUCAUCAUCUCUUCCUCCUCCAAUCAAGAGCGAGAAAGCAGAGGAGCUUAGCAUAGAUGACAUUGUGAUAGAUGACCUGUCGCCUCCUCUGCCCCAACCAAUGACAACCACCUCGAAACAGCCUAAGAAGGAGAAGAGAGGUACCAUUUCCUAUCAACCAUUUUCCCACUAUAUUGAACACUGUUGA